CAGCCAUCUAUCAGAUCAAUGAGCUAUUAUAAGAAAGGCUCCGCUAUGCUGGCGCUGUUGGCAUGAAUUCCUACAGGUAUCGUUCCUGCCACGCCAAAGUUUCCUGACCGAAGGAUUUCACCGAGAUUUGAAACAAUUCAAGGUAUUUUAUGAAGAUGUAAAGCGUAACAACUUUUAUCUGGUUAAGAAUUUAGUAUCUGUAUGUGAACAAUGUUCUUUAAUUCAAUUGAGCGUGAAUUUUGGCUCCCGUGGUUCGGUUUCCCAUGGAUUUUCAUUUCCUUUACUGUGUUUUUCAGUAAACUAAUUGUUAGCUCUUGAAUCAGGACUAAAUGAAAAUUGGAUUGAAAUUUGCACUGAAGAACCAACUCAAUUAUUUAGGAAAUGGGAAUGCAUUAAUGAGGGUCGCUAAGUUGGCUUUAAUAGCGGUCGCCAUUGAUGUCUUUGUCUUCUUGGUGGACAAGAUCCGCGAUCAUUUUCAAGUACUCAUUUUCACUCGCUAUGUGAAUAAUUUACCAGCGAACUGUUUGUCGACUAGAGAUCGAAGACAUCCAGUCCAUGCAAAGAUUCCGAAUGCGAAGGGACCGAAACAGUGAAUUGUUAGACUGAUUACAGAGUGCAAUAGUAAUCAGACACUACGUGUCUCAACUGAGAUCACGCGAUCGUCGUCGGCUAUUUCUCUUACUAGGUAAACAGUGGAACAACGUUAAUACGGUCACCAAUGGACCGAUGGUGAUAUUUCUUCCUGAUAUCUUCAUACAAACGUCGUGCAUUGGGCGCAAAUCAGAUUCAAAAUUUCCCACACUGUUGAUUUUUUAAGCUACGACUGUAAGGUAGUAUGAGAUUUUCAUAAUUUAAUGACUUGCAAUCCCUAGAUGGAGUAGAGGCCACUUUGCGUAUGUCCCUAAGAACAGAGUGGACCGUUAUGCGAGAGAUUCCGAAACUUUUGAAAACUCUGAAGUCAUAGUUAGUUGGAUGGCCAUCAAACGGUAGGGAAAUAAGACUGCGACGGAAACGAGAACGGCAAAAAAUCAACAUGUUUAGAAUAGCAACAACUUUGCACGUGCAUCAUGCUUUUUUGUCUUUGACCCAGUGCACGACUACAGCAUACUUAUUUAAUAUAGCUGAACAAAAUUGCUCUUCAAAGACAGGAACAGGCGAUCGGGGGUGCCCUUCUACUGAAACGUGAUUUUACGUUUUGUUUGUUUGGUUUUAAAUGAUAACUAUGAAAAAAAUCAGCGGCUAGUUAGUGGAAUGAUUUUCCGCUCGCACAUUACCUUGAGGUUGUGGCUUGAAGACUCUCUGCUUUUCUUCCGACAACGUUUUUUUGAAAUAACUGCAAACGAUUUAUUCAGUAUAAAUAAAGACAUGUUGAUUUUCAUUUUAAUCUGAAUAUUUUCGAUUUGGUCUCUUGACCACCAUAUCAAUACUAAAGAACACCUCCUUCAAAUACUCACAGUCUGAAGUUUCAUGCAAUCAUUCAGAGUUUACUUUAUACCUUCAAACGAAUUGUCGCUUACAAUACUAUCUCUGCUCACAUUAAUAAGACGUGUGCAGCAGCAUUUUGCUACCUUUACAUCGUUCGUCACAUCAGAAAAUUCCUAUCCAAAGCACUGAAACCCUCACUCACGCGUUCAUUGCAAGCAGGCUUGAGUAUUUUAGCGGCAUUUUAAUAGUUACGGUACAAUAGACUUACACGUAGCAUCGUUCUUGAAGGAGCUUUUGAUGGGGAAAAAACUGUCUUGCUUUUAUCAGUCCAUGUUUAUUAAUCCAUGUUUCAAGUUUAUCAAUCCAUAUUUCAUCAAUCCAUUUUUUUUCUAUCCAUAUUUUAUCAAUCCAUGUUUUAUCAAUCUAUAUUUCAUCAAUCCAUUUUUUAUUAAUCUACGCUUAUUAAUCCAUUGUUUUAUCAAUCUACGUUUUAUCAAUCCAUGGUUUUUAAUCCAUGUUUUAUUAACCCAUGUUUUAUCAGUCCAGUCCAUGUUUUACCAAUCCAGUCCAGUCCAGUCCAGUCCAUGCUUUAUAAAAGUGUCUUCUGACCCUUACUCAUCUGAAAAAUUUUUACCACGAGAGAAUGAGCUAAGCUUACACAGCAUGAAAAGGCAAAUUUAAGUUAGCAUAAUGUGAGCGUAAAGCUGGUGUAAAGUUUGGAUUUACACACCUUUACACGACCUUUACAUUACGUAAAGUUAAGCUUUACGCUACAUUUACACUUUUGCGUAAAGCUGGAGUAAAGAAACACCUGUAAGUGGACUAAAAGCCAGCGUAAAGCUUGAAUAAACUUCACAUUUACGCCAGCUUUACAUAGAUCUAAAUAAAGUGUAUAGGCAUCUUUAGGCCAGAUUUAUAUGUACUGUGAUGUAAAGUUAACAUGCUCUUGUCUUGCAGAAAAAGCGCGACAACAGACAUAAUACGUAUAGCUGGUAUAAACUCCACAUUUACGCCACCUUUACAUCUAAAUAAAGCGUUUAGGCAUCUUAGUAAGCCAGAUUUAAAUGUAUAACUGGUGUAAAGUUGCAACAUGCUCAUGUAUUGGCUGGAAGGCAAAGCUCAACAACAGACAUGAUUACAUUUUCUGCUAUUUUCUUCUUUGCAUAAUUAUUUUAAACCCUAGAGGGAAAAUAAAAUGAGAAAAUACAACGUUGGGAAGGAAAGGAGCCAGUUAAAUCAAUCAAUCUGCUGUAUUCAAUCAAAUUCUGUUUUAUUUGUUCAAAAAUCAUUUUCUUAUAUGUCACCAUUUGUACUUAAAUCAAUUUUCAUACUGUAGCGGAAACAUUUAAAAUCUUGUUCUAUCAUCUCUUUACGUCUAACUGUAACAGACAAAUGCAAAAUUGAAAACCUUGUUACAAUAAUAACAUCAGUUACCACUUAAAAUAAAGUAAAAUUGAAAACUUCAUUCCUACAGCAGAAGCUUUGAAUAAAUUGUCUUAUAAUUUAAUUCUUGCUUGAAAUAUUUAAACCUUUUUUCUAGAAAAUGCACAACUAUAUGUAAAAUUGAAAACUUCAUUCUUAUCUUAAAGACAAGUUGAACAGAAACAUUUAAAAUCUUGUUCUAUCAUCUCUUUAAGUCUAACUGUAACAGACAAAUGCAAAAUUGAAAACCUUGUUACAAAAUAACAUCAGUUACCACUAAUAUUGAAAACUUCAUUCCUAAAGCAGAAUCUUUGAAUACCUUGUCUUAUAAUUUAAUUCUUGCUUGAAAUAUUGAAGGCUUUUUUCUUGAAAUGCACCACUAUAUGUAAAGUUGAAAACUUCGUUCUUUUUUUAAAAAACAAGUUGAACAGAAACUUUAACACAUGUUCUUGUAUCAAUGUUUGUAUCAAAUGCCUUGAAACAAGUGUCAAAAUAAAAAAAAAUGCAAUCCCAAGUGUAGUAAAAAUAGAAACUGUUACCUAUUUGGUAGCAUCACUGCAAAAAAAGUUGUUACAAAAAUAUAAAUUAAAAAAAAGAAUGUACUUGUAAAAAUAUCAAUAAGCUGGCGAAGCAGAACGCCUAUGGGCCACGUCCUUUUUUGACUUUAAAGUUUUUUUUUGUUUGGAUGUCUUGGGAGUGGAGCUACAGUCAGGUAAGAGGGACGAAGUUCCAGAUCUUGAAGAAAGGGUGCUGGGGAUGGCGUCACUGUUGCUGGCAGACGGGCAGAACUGGUACUGGGGGAUGGAGUUGUAGUUCUUGCUGGACAAGAUGAAGGAGAAGGGCGGGUGGGUGGACUUCCAGUUGUUGGAGGGGACGGUGCGGGAAGGUGGAGUUCCAGAUGAAGGAGGAUGGGUGCUGUUAGGUGGAGUUCCAGAUGAAGGAGGACAGGUGCGGGUAGGUUGAGUUCCAGAUGAAGGAGGAUGGGUGCGUGUAGGUGGAGUUCCAGAUGAAGGAGGACGGGUGCGGGUAGGUGGAGUUCCAGAUGAAGGAGGACGGGUGCUGGUGGGUGGUAUAACUGCUGGCGUAGGAUGACUUGGAGUUCUAGUACAUGUAGAUGAAGAUGGCCGGAUGACAGGUGUAGGGGCUGGAUUCUCAGCCCUGACUGCCCAUUCUAGAGGCUCAGUGGGUCGGCGUCUUGUUGAUGGCAUUGGGUGCGGGCGUCUUGUCACCAGGUGUACCCUUUUGGAUUCGAGGCUUCUGGAAUAAGCCUCAUCAAGCUCUCUCUUAGCUUUAGUUAGAGAAGUCCUCUCCCAUGGAAGCCUUUUGUCAUUACAUUAAAAAUUAAAAAAACGAAAAUUUUUCCAACACCUUAGUAAGGUUUAAAUAAGAAGAUACAGUGUAUAUAAACUUUUCAAAUGGGUCAAAACAGUCUUCUCAAAAAAUAAUAAAAAAAAAAUCUUAACUUAGUAUUAUACCAAAUUAAGAUGUUUUAUAGUUUAAAAUAAUUAUUAGUAUUUUCAUGUAAGGUACAAGAAAACUGAUGAAGUUAAAUUUUGAUAAAAAAACAGCAACUCUAACACACAAAUGAAUGUAAUGGUGGGUCAAAAUGGUCUCUUCCAAAAUGAAAAUAUUUAGUAUAAUUUAGCAUAAUUCAAAUUAAAAGCUUAAACAAUUUUAGAUAAGAAAUAAAAAGACUGAAAGCCUAAUACAUGUAUAUCAUUGAUGGUUUCUUGACUUAGUCCUUUCACUCCCAGAAGUGUUUACAGUCAAAUUUAACAAAAAAAUCCAAACAACAAAUCAUUUUCAUAAACUGAUGAUGUAAAAGUUAGAUGCACAAGGCUGUCACUGAAAUUGCAAGUUGUUAGAGAGUAAAUGAAAUUAGUGAGCGGGACAUUGAAAGGGUGGUAAGUUGUUUGUGUUUUAAUAAAUUAUCCUUUCGUUUCCUCUCAAAAUAGCAAAGUAUUGGGCUCAAAGUAGCCAAUUUAAAGUCUGGUUUAUGGCCCUUAGUGACAGCCCUGGAACCACUUUACAAGACUAAAGCUUGUAAUUAACAUGUAUUAAUCCUGUUUGCUUUGAGAGGACUUUCUGUCACCAACAUCCCAUACCAUGCUGAUCUGCUGAAUAAAUAGAAAGCAAGUAUUAUUUAAGUAAACUACACAGAUUACUUGUAGGCUAGUGAUAAUACACUUAAUCGGGCACUAAAGGCACAAGUACAUGUACAGUAAGGGGGUGCUUACAUGAGAAAACUUGCACUGGCACGAGUCUCAUACCGGGAUGACUUUUUGAUUUUGCGUCGGGUUUACAUUAUGACUGAGUCAUUUCAUAUCUCGUUAUUUGAAGGUACACUUCAUGUUGAUAAAAUACACGUGUGAUUCAAAAUCACAAACAUUAUGCAUGCGCUACCUAUUCCAGUCCACCGGCAGACUGAUUUCACACAGAAACGGGUGGUCUUUUUGUGCUUACAUGAUACCGCUGUGAGAUUUCGUACCAGAGUGAAAUUCUUGCCCUGGUACAAGAACCGGGAUGAAGUCACUCUGGGGUGACACGCGCCGGCAUGACAUUUUGUGGUGGUAUCAUGUAAACAAAUAUAGAGCCAUGAGAGGGAACCGGAGUGAACUCGCUCCGGGGUGAAAGUCGAACCCGGUGUCAUUUAAACACCCCCUAAGUUGCCAGAGGACACCCCCUGCUAUUACUUAAUAAUAUUUUUUUCUGCACUUAUGGCCAAAUUACUACAAUCAGCACAAUUUUACUUGACAAAGGGUUCCCCACAUGGCUCUUUUCACAAACCAAGACUAAAAAUUUGAAAAAAUGAUAAGGCAUUUUCCACAAGGGAAUUAAUAACAGAGCAAAACCUGAGCAGCAAAUGAGUUCAAUGUCUACAAAUUCACACAACUGAAUAAGAUUCAUCUGACUGUUAAAGAUUCAAAAUGUUUGACCAGUAUGAGUUAAAGGCUUUCCUUAAAAGCAAUUAUAUUGACAUUUAGAACCCUACUUGAUGUUGAGUGAUUAAUGGGGAGACUGACUGAAGCAUAAUAUAUAUAUGUUAAAUUUAUUAAUAAUGGUUUACUGUAUUAUUAGAGUUCAAUGUUUUACAAUGUAUAUCUUUUUUUUAUUUUCAUGUAUGCAUUUUUAUAAAAGUAUCAUCCAUAAAUAUUGUUGUAAAGUGCUGUGAAAAAGUAAUGGAUGUACAUUAUUAUUAUUAUUAGAGAGUAAGCAGCAUGCAAAGAAAGUAGUGUCUGAUAGCCCGGGGCUAGUGAAUUUUGCUAUCGAGCUAGUGAAUUUUGAACUUAACUUGCCCGAUGGGCAACAACUUGUUUCUUUAAAUUUUAUUUCCCUUAAAACUUAGAUUUACUUAUGACACAACUAUGGUGCAAAUAGAACAACUUCUAGUUUCUAACAUGAUUGUGUGCUUUGCUUCCCAAAAAGUAAGGUAUUCAAUUUCCUGCAGUAUGUACUGCACUGUAUCCUCUCAAGAACCAUAAUAUAAUUUCAUAAGAGCAGUGCACAGUAAAGAUUGAAAUGAAUGGUAAUAUAUGAAAUGAAUCAUUCUUUGAAGUGCAGAUAAAGGUAUGAACCUCUGAAGAUGUUAACAACCAUGUUGGCACUUACAUGAAAAUACAUUCUAAUUCAAUCAUGGUCUGCAUUAGCUAUGCAUUGAGACUCAUGAAAAUGUCUGUUCAUUCUCUGUUCAUUUAAGUUAAAACCCACGUAAUUUAAAAUCAUAAAUAAACUUUUGUACCUGCUUCAAAAAAUACAUGCAUGCUAUUAAAUUAUUCACUACUUAUGACCUGGAUUGCAGAGAGGUUUUGUUCCCUAUGACUGCCCGGGGAAUUGGAAAGCUUGAAAAUAUAGAACCAGACUAGAUUACCUUUGCCUACUAGUAAAUUCAACACUUGUUAACACUUUUCUAUUCUGUUUAUUGGUUCUUCUAUAGUCUGUGAAAAUUUUCAUAAGAAUGUUUGUAUCACAUUACAUGUAAGCUUACUUUAUACAGAUGUUCUUUCUUAAUUCCAUUUCUUUUAGUAAUUCCCAGUACGAGUGACCAAACUCCCAUUUUCCAGUACAAAACAAGGAAACUCUACUCCUUCAGACCCCCAAAGUCUUUACAUAAUUUUACAUUAUCAUCUUCAUCGUCAUGGUCUCGUUGCUUGCUUAGUAUUGAAAGGUUAUGCCAAAUAAAUACAUCUGUUUAGUUAUAAUUUACUUUAAACGGUUAAUGCUGGUUUCAUUACUCACUUAAAUGUUAGUUACUGAAUAAUUGACACAGUCAUUGGAACUAAUCAUAAACAAGUUUGGAAUUAAGCUUAAAAAGUUAGAGAAAAGGCGAGCCAGGACAACUUACCUUGCCUUGCUAUCUGCUCUUUUCAGUGAAAUCUUGAGUGUCGAAGAACCUUAGUAAUACAGUCUUGGUCUGUGUUGUGAACAUUCCAGUGUUAAUGCUUGCGCUUCUCACGAUGUUUCUGUCUCCAUCUCGUCCCGAAAGGGUUGCUUUACACUUGAGAAGUGAUCGAUUACUAAAGGCUGAUAGUGCAAUAAUAAUUUCUAACAACCUAGGGUCCUGUGAUGCUAUCAAGAAGCAUAAUUAUGUAUGAACGAUCUCCAAACUUCCAAAGAAGCAAGUUUGAAACCGUUUGACACUUUCAAAAUGGACGCCAAAUCAACGAGCUCGAUUGAGCAUGUCCAAAGGAACAAGCCCGCUGACCAGCUGUCCCUUCACUGUAUUGUUUCCAGGCCCCUUUCUUUCAAUAAAUUGCCCGUUCCCAAAACUGAAGUCCGCGGACUUAAAAUAAGGAAGCGAUAAAGGAGAUUCAACAAUGAAGCCAGUACUCCGUUGAAUGUAAAAUGGUCAGAGUAAUUUGUAAAUGCGUUCUUUCACUUUAAGUAAUGCGUUCUUUCUUUAAGUAAAACUCGCCGUUUUUGCGCGGCGAUAUUUUUUCUUUAUUUUUCCAAUUAUUUCAAUUUGAUCAAAUUACAGUUGAAACUCUCUACAACGGCCACCUUAGGGACAUCGAAGAAAGUGGCCAUUGUAGAGAGGUUGAAAGAAGAGUGAAUGUAUGUAUGUCAUGUAUGGACCGUCCACCAAAAAAAAAAAUGGCCCGUGUAGAGACAAGGAAGAGGUGGCCGUUAGUUCCGAGGUUCGAGUCAGUAUAACAUGAUACUACCUCAAUUUUUUCUGAAAUUUGGUGAGCUUAAAACUGCAACAAACUGUACUAUCAAACCCAGUUAUACUGUACUGACUGAAAUCAAUGAGGCAAUACUACUGAGUAUUGAAGGUUAUUGUGUUUGCCGCGACAGAUAUGCCGUUUUUCGAAAAUUGCCGCACAGUCGCAAGUUAUAUCUUUGCAUGAACCCUGCUGGCAGGAUUUUCUUUUCAGCUUCAUUUUUGAACGGGCUCGAAGUCGUUUGCACCGCCAAAAAAAAACAAUUUGCGUGGUUGGCUUGUUUACAUCGCACACCAACAUCGAACACCAAAUGUCUUGAGUGAUCAAAAAAACUACGCGAACUAGUGUCAGGAAUCAAACGACUUACUAAAAGCAGUGCCGGGAAUAAAUUCCUCAUUAGGAAGGUAGCAUUAUAUGACAACCUUACUAAACCUUUACGUGUAGCGUAAAUGAGCGUAAAGCUGUUACAACAACUUUAUGCUAGCUUUACUAAAACUUUAAGAGCCGAGAGCGUAAAUUUACCUUUACAAACCUUUACGCGCCGUGGAAAGUUUGCGUAAAGUUGGAUGACCAACUUUACGCAGGUUUACGCAAACUUUAAUUCUGCGUAAAUCUCCAUUUUCAUGCUGUGUUAGCUCAUUCUCUCUUUUUUUUGACUGAUUACUCUCCGCUCCCAAGCCCCAUCCCACCUCCCCCUCAAUUAAGAACGUAGCUUCCCCAGAUACAGUGAAAACAGUAAUCAUAAUACUUGGCAACACCCAAUGUGGUCCCAUGUACAGUCAUAACUGCACGAAACUUUAUUAGAAUUACUUAAUAGGCCUUUUUUAAAAAAGUGCGGUAAUACUCUUGGUUGUCCCCCAAACAUUUUGCAUAAGUAUUGUUUUUAAUUUCUCUUGUGCCGAUUGUAAGUCCCGAGAAAAAUUAAAAACAAUGCUUAUGAUGCAAAAUUUUGGAGGGUCAACAAAGAGGUAUUUUGAAAAAGGCCUAUGGGUUAUUAAAUCUGUGUUCACAUGCUGCUUGGAAGCAUAAAAGAAAACUACUGUAGUGCUAAAAAUAACUUUUGAAAUUUUAGAGAGGAAAAACGAGCAAUUAUCUAAGCUUAUAUGGAUUUUAUAGUUUCUGCAAUCACUUGUAUCUUACCGAAGGCUCGUCCCACACUAUCGACGCACUAUGUUUAGAUCAAGCUCUACUUUCAUUUCUUUUGGUAAAUAGAUUUCCGGCGGGCAAGGCGACACUAUGCUUAGAUCAGGCUCUACUUUCAUUUCGUUUGAUAAAUAGAUUUCCGGCGGGCAAAGCGAGUCAUGACAAAAAGUCGUGCAUCUGGUACGGAAUAUACGUGAGUUUACAAUUCGAACAAAUAACAUUGCUCCAUUACAUUCACGUCAUUACCUGAUUACUACAGGGACAUCAGAUGGGCGUUAAACUCACCACCAGGGCUCACAGGACUCACAUACCAUUCAUGCCAUUUGGAAGAACAAAAGCAUGCCAAGAAUGUGGCCAGAUUCAGUUGAUAAAACCGCUUUUGCUGCUGGCCCGCAAUUAUAAUUACAUUUUGACAUAAUUAUGACAUUUGGUUUUAUUACAUAUUAGAAAUGGAAGUCUCAGAAACCAGCAACAGUAAUCCACCAGUGAUCGAUUUUACUGAGCUACCUGCCAGGAAACUGCUAUUAAUGGAGGAACUUCCCAACAAGACAAUACCUUGGUCUGACGUUGAACUACCGGUCGAUGCUUUGUUAGUGACGGGGAAGGACGACGAAUUUCUAAGUUGUGUCUCUUAUUUGAAUCCGGGAUUCUAUAAAAGUUUUCACAGAGAUGUUGGAUUAUUGUAUUUUGGAAAAAUUGGUGAACAGGGGAAUUCAAUGGAAAUUGCCCUAAUGAAAAUGCCUCCUGGUUCUCUUUUUCUGUUCAUGAAUGCCGUUUACGUUUUGAUGCCUAAAGUUGUAUUUGGGGUAGGAUGCUGCGGUGGUUUAAGUGAAGUCAAAGUCAAAUUAGGAGAUGUGGUAAUUUCACCGAAGUCUAGGCAAUGGACCUUUGUCAAAACCGAAAGUGGAAUUCAGGGGCGAGGGUUUGAUUUGCGGCUAGACCAAGGUCCACCCGGGGGUCAACUUGCGCGGCUCAUAUUAUGGGCGAGUGACGACUGGAGACCACCGUUGAACUAUGGCGAUGAAAUGGAAGUGCGUGUUAUAAAAAAUGGCGCGAUGUUGAGUGGUCCAGAGAUAGUUGAUAGUGAAGAACGACAUGCAGCACUUAUCGCGCGAUUCCCUGAUGCCGUCGUUAUGGACAUGGAGAGUGGAGGUGAGAUUUAGAUUGUACCUAGACAGCGGGUAAGAUCAAUGUGUAAAACCUGGCAAGGGGGAAUACUUGUACAGAAACUGCACUUUCUUUAAUUGAAAAAGCACUUUACUAGAGUUUCAAUUAAUGUAUUUAACACACAAGUACUGUACUAGUUAAGGACACCAUUUCUACACCCCGUACUGGACACAGGACCGCCAUCUUACGUGGUCAUCUGAGCCGUGCGAAGAACGGAACUACAAUAGCCCUUUGCGAGGCAACUGCAUUUACUUUCAGCUUUACAAUCAAACCUCUUUAAUACGGACAUCAAAGGGACAGAACCAAGUGUCCGCUUUACAGAGGUGUCCGUAUUAUAGAGGUAGGGAAUUUAUGAUUUUUCGCAUUUCCGGGACCAAACGAACUGUCCGUAAUAGAGAGGUGUCCGUAAGGAGAGGUUUGACUGUACUUUUCUUUCUCAGAUAUUCUUACCCAUUCGCUCUUUGAAAUUUUCCGAAAACGUCUUUUGAAGUUAGUUGAGCCGUUUUCUGUCUGGCCGAAAAGAACCAAAAUUACCCAGAACGCUGUUUGGACGUCGAGCGCUACGUUGCCUUCUGUUUCUGAUGGUAAAUAUCAGCAGCAGUCUCGCCUUUACCUUUCCCUUUUCUUCUUUUAAUUCAAUUUUUUUGGCUGAGAGUUUACUCAGCUUCAUUUCGGUUGGAAAAGUUGUUUGGAGAACCUUAAUAAAGAUCGCAGGAUUAAAUGGUAAAGAUCAGGUUGAAUCGAUUUGCUACGGCGUAGCAAAAUCUCGUUCAGAUGCAAAAAUAGCAGUUUUAGCUUCGGAAAUGUAGAGCGUUGCCAAUGAGCGGCGCUUCGAAAAUAAACAUCAAUAAAAAGCAGAGCCAGUAACAUUUGCUGGUGAAAGCAACCAGUCAGAAUAGCCAUAGAAACUUUUAGGAAGCCAAACGGAAGUCGCGGCACUUGCCAUCAGUUCAGCGGGUAAGCCACUGCGGCUUUCAAAAUGUUCAAACUUUGCCGGUGAAACCACUCUCCUGGGGCUCGUGGUUCCUCUUGUUGUUUGAACAUGUUGACGUCAUUGCUAUGGUCGAUAAGAGUAUAGACCAUGGAGAAUUGUUGUAGAUUGUGAAGUUUUUAUUUUAGCCUUUCUUUUUAUUCAUUGAUUCAACACUGAUUCAAUUACAGUCAAACCUCUCCUUACGGACACCUCUAUAAUACGGACACCUCUCUAUUACGGACAGUUCGUUUGGUCCCGGAAAUGCGAAAAAUCAUAAAUUCCCUACCUCUAUAAUACGGACACCUCUGUAAAGCGGACACUUGGUUCUGUCCCUUUGGUGUCCGUAUUAAAGAGGUUUGACUGUACCUCCUCAUCCUAGGCCUCAGUAGGUAGGCGCUCAGUCGAACUUACACAGCGUGAGCGAAUUUCAAAGAACACCCAGUCACUCUCUGCCGUUACUUUAUUGCGUAUUGAUAGCGUUUUUAAAAUCCUCGAAGCAGUUUUGCCUCGUACAACAGAGUUUACCGGUGAAAAAGAUUUCUUGGCCAAUGUGAAUGUUUGUUGUAGUCUACAGAAUUAAAACUUUUCUUCUAGGUCUUUUCGCAGCGGCAAGGGACCUGGAUAUCGAAGUCGUUGCUAUUAAAGGCGUCUCCGAUUUCGCAGAUGGUAGGAAAUCUACCACCGGUUCGUGGAGACUAUUCUCAAGUGUUAUGGCAGCUUCUUUAACGGCUCAUAUCCUCAGUAAUGCCACUUUUUUCAAGAUGCUGCCUCAUUAUCGCGGUAAGUAUUAACAAUUAGUACCGACGCCGAGGCCCUUCGCUGGCAAGGCGGAGAUAAUAUUUCGUAUCAAUCAUAUACGUUAUUGUGAGAUCAGUCUUUUUUCAGUCAAAGGAGCGCUAGGUGUUAUACAUUGCACUUAAUUAUGGGAAGUUUGUUCGAACGGGUCAUUCGAAGAGACAUCAUUUUCUAAGGCCUCUAAGAUGCCCUAUUUUUUCCACCCGUUUGAGGGGUUUUUCUGCAUGUACUGAUAAAAAUCGACCAGCCAGUGCGAGGUAUGCUCACGCUUUACAUGUAUGCUUUAUAUAAUUACAGCUUGACUGGAAAUGUUUUGUUGUAACCGGAAAUAGUUUGUUGUUGUACCGACUGGCUUAUCGUUGACUCAAAUGUCUGAGAAAUAUAGACUGUUGUUUUACCUUAAAAGUAAUAAAAGUUGAAAAUAUUACAUUUCCUUACUUGUUGAUGUCUUGCUGCUUGAAAAGAAAACCACAAAAAUUAGUUCCCAGCGGAAAAGGCAGUCAAUUCGAGCGGCAAAAAUUUGUUCCCUCAAACCUCAAAAAAUCACCAAUCCGCAAAAUAGAAGUCCCGCAAAAAUUUUAUGCUACGCGAUAUAUUCGUCAGACAGGCGACCGAGAGCGACUGGUUUCAGGCACAACUUCGACCAUUUGUCAAUCCUAUGAGAUAAAAGAGAUCACUGUUUCAUAACCUCAUUCCCAAGAUCUCCCUUUCAACCCCGGAAACGAGAUUGAAUGUUGCCGUGAUUUAUGGGCGUGUACGCUGAGAACUAUGGCUCGUCUUCGGCCGUUUGCUUCGUGUUUAGUUUUUCUUCUUCUUUUUUUUUUUCACUUACGUUCAUGCCUCGUGCCUGUGCGAUUUUCUGGCAUGAUAUUGUCUUGCGUUUUCUCCUCAGCGGCCAUUGUUUUAAUUAUACAGAGUAUUUUAAACUUAACACAAGCUUACCUCCAGGCUUACAUCCGUAUUGCCUUUUUUUAAAAAAGCUUUUCCAGUUCCCUCCCUGUUUUGGCGAAGUAUGUUUUUAAAUUCUUGCCUCUGACAUUGUUCAGUGCUCUAUUAGAUCGUCCCAUUGUAGUGCGGAACACUCAGGUUCAUAAUUGUUGGUUAUUAUGAUUAUGAUUAUGAUUAAUAUCCUUAUCAUUGCAUAAUAAAUCAUUGCAAUUUAGUAUUAGUUGCAUAAAAUGAAUCUUCUUUUAGUAUGGCUUAGCAAUUCGUUGUCAGAAUACCUUCAGGAUGAACCGGCUCUGCCCCCUUAAUGUCUGAAAAUAAGAUUGCUAAAAAUGGCAACAAAAAUGUAGAUUAUUCACAGUUCCCAAGACCACCUCCUUGAUGGUUUUUCUAACUUUUUUCUUAGGUAAAUUAGUGCCUGUACCAGCCGAGAUUCGAGCUCGGGGUCUAGAAGCUGAGCUUGCCUUCCAAAGAGCCCUGCAGCGGAAUGAAAAAGUGAACGUUUGUCGUGGUCGUGUUAUGAUUGUUGGUCAGGAGCGGGCGGGCAAAACAUGUCUCAAAAAAUCGCUUUUGGGUAUGCCCUUCAAUAAAGAGGAGGAGAGUACGGUGGGAAUUGAAGUUGAUCCUUCAAAAUUCGAGGUGAACGUCGACCAAGUUAUAAAUUGGAGGCCCAUUAAAGACGAGAAGCUUAAAUCUGAUUUUCGUAAACAGAUGGCAAAGCUGAUCGCCAAGGAGAUGACCAAGAACGAAGCUGAUCAGUCCGUGACAAACUCAGAAGAGGUACCGAUGAAUUACUGAUGAAAAAUCACUGCACAUUUAUUGUUCCUAUUUGUUGCUGUGGUAGUAAUGAUGAUUUAUAAGUUUCUGUAGGUCCAAACUGGUUUGUAACUAAGAUUGAUCAUCAGUCGUAAAAAGUUUAUACGAUUUUUUUUUUUGGAAACGGUAUUAAGUGAAGAUGUUUUUGGACGUUGGAUUUUGUCACGCAAAAGGAAGAUCAGAACGACAUUUGGAGCCUUUGAUGAACGCUUUUCUUUCCUUUGUAUUUAGUGAAGUAAUUUUUAGGUUUUGUUUCACAAUCUGUCCGACGCUAACUUUUAGGUCAACAAAAGGUCCUCUGUGGUCCAAAACUCGUUAACCUGUACCUUAUGGUAAACCUGAUUGCUUCAUAGAAUAACAAGGACGUGUUUGACGACGAUAAGCCAAAUGAAUCUGAGACCUUGUCAACCGCACCCACGUCGACAGCGGAUGUUAAACUUAAGGAACAUGGCUCUGGGGAUGAUAUUGAGAAGAACAGUUCGACCAGUUCAGCAGAUCAAGAUAUUCCGCCGGUAGACAUCAGUGCGGCUGCUUUGUUGUCGGAAGAUGGCAUGGGGUUGCUUAUUCAGUACUUGCGGCGUCGCAAAUUUGAAGAUAAAAUCAAAGCAGAGGAAUUCGUUAUAAAUCUGUGGGAUUUUGCUGGACAGCACGUAUAUUAUGCGUCACAUCCCGUCUUCCUUUCACCGCGAGCGGUCUACAUCUUGGUUUACAACCUCAGCAAAAGUUUGAGUGCCAAGGCCGAGCCCUGGGUCAGGCAAGGGGCAACUAAACGUCGUUUACACAACCCAAAUGAUGAGACCAAUUUAGACAAUUUACUGGCCUGGCUGGUUUCUGUUCAUGGUAUUCGAGGUGCCGAUGUAGGUGAUGAUGUAAAAGACGCGGAUCAUCAAGCCAAGGAGAAGCCAGGAUAUCUUCGCCCACCAGUACUCAUUGUUGGUACUCACGCUGAUCAACCGUUUGAAGACCUCGAGAUAAUGGGAGAGUGUAUUGAGAACGGUAUCUCGGGUAAAAAGUACCAGCAGCAAGUGGAACGACCAUUCUUUUAUGUCGAUAACACCAAGUCCAAAAGCGAUGAAGGGGUCAAGAAACUGAAAAACAAAAUUAUGACGUUAUUUAAGAAGGGAUCGUGCAAGGCUGAAACUGAGUUGCCAC